GCAGCCCAUACAUAUAGAUAUACGUACGUGGGCAUACUCGUUUAUGCGGGGGCGAGCAAGUGGCAGCUUCUCUACGGCAUUUGGUCGAACAGGUGGUGAGCGUGUCGUUGGGAUUUCAGAAUAAAGCUGGGUCCGCCGGAUCAUCUCCCAGGUGAAGGUUGCGGUUCUUGUCUUGUCUUCCUACGGUUUGGCAUGACUUGUUGUGUUCCUUGCCCAUCUUCUGGCGAAGAACUUUUCAGGGGAAUACUGUUUAUCAGGAAACUGAGCCGUUCCAUCAAGCAGCUUCUGUCCGGCAUUUGGUCGAACAGGUGGUGAGCGUGUAGUUGGGACUUCAGAAGAUAACUUGGUCCACAGGAGUGGCGCUUGAAAUCAUAUUCCUACGGUUUGGCAUAACUUGCUGUGUUCCUUGCCCAUCUUCUGGCAAGAACUUUUCCAGGGGAAUGCUGUUUAUUAGGAAACUGAGCCGUUCAAUCAAGAAAGAUCCUCUCUUGAAUUGGCAGUUGUCUCUCGCUGAUAAGCACCUCGUAGGCAGGGCCACAAUCAGACAGUGCCCUCGAGCUUACAAGUGCCAUGGGUCUGUCCGUUCUUUGUUUAAUGUAGAGAACCAUGGUUUUCCCACGAAAAUUAUCGAGAGCGAAGUCAAUAGGCAUUGUGUAGCUGGCUUUUCAUCGUUCGUUGAGACGGUGUUGGUACAAGCUAGGGAUCCUGCUAAACUCAGCAGUGAAUUGGUGACCGCAGUUGACGAGCGAAGGCAUGAUGAUGCGUGGAAGUUGUAUGAGCUACAUAUGCACAUGGAUGGGUUUCCCAGAAAAUCUGUGGUGCACAAGCUUAUAGCGAGUUUGACCGAAACCCUCGAUGUCCAGUGGCUCAAGAAAGCGUAUGGGUUGGUGGAAUGUGCUUUCGAGGAGGGUAAGCAGAACUUGUUUGAGAAGGAGACUCUAAUUUAUCUCUCUUUCGGUCUCGCGAAGGGUGGAUUACCAGUUGCUGCAUCUACUGCUUUGAGGAAGUUGGUCGACAUGGAAGGGUAUCCCCCUGUUGCGGCUUGGUCCGCAAUCUUGGCUUACAUGUCUCAAACAGCACCUGGAGCUUAUCUCGCAGCUGAACUUGUUCUUGAGAUUGGUUAUUUGUUUCAAGAUGGACGAGUCGAUCCUCGUAAAAAGUGCAAUGCGCCUUUGGUUGCUAUGAAGCCCAAUACUACUGCUUUUAACAUUGCCUUGGUCGGGUGCUUCUUGUUUGAUACUUGCAGGAAAGCGGAGGAACUCCUUGACAUGAUGCCAAGGAUACAGAUUAGAGCUGACACAAACUUGUUGAUCAUAAUGGCACAUAUACAUGAGAGGAAUGGCCGGCGAGAGGAGCUAAAGAAGCUUCAGAGGCACAUAGAGGAAGCUCCGAACCUAACUGAUAUGCAGUUCCGGCAAUUUUACAAUUGUUUGCUUACUUGCCAUUUGAAGUUUGGGGAUCUACAUUCUGCGUCCAGCAUGGUUUUGGAUAUGCUGCGCAAGGCAAAGGAAGCAAAAAACUCACUUGCUGCUGCUACGUUCGCAUUCGAUGGUACUCGGAAGGGUAAUGAUUUGACUGGUGGAGUAGUUUCUGGUCAAAGUCAUCGAAAUAGCAGAUUGGACUUCCUGGAGAACGUGUCAUUGAAGCAACAAGCUAUUGUAUCAUAUGAAGAGUUCUCUAAAGAUCGCAAGUUUGAGAAACUGCAGGCUGAGGCAGAGCAAGCUCUUACUGGAUUGUUGGCUAAGUUGCAGGUGCAAGUGGAAUUGGUAACAACUCACCGUGGGAUUCUUCAACCAACAGAGAACAUUUACGUGAAAUUGGUUAAGGCUUUUCUUGAAGCUGACAAAAUCAAGGAUUUGGCAGAUUUCCUUAUUAAGGCUGAGAAAGAAGACUUGCCCGUUUCAAAUGAUGGUUCGGCCUUGGUUCAUGUCAUUAAUUCGUGCAUUUCACUUGGUUGGCUGGAUCAGGCAUAUGAUCUCCUUGAUGAGAUGCAUUUGGCUGGGGUUAGAAUGGGUUCUGCUGUGUAUUCUUCUCUCUUGAAAGCAUACUGCAAAGCCAACCGAGCCACAGAGGUGACAUCGCUUCUCCGAGAUGCUCGUAAAGCAGGGAUCCAGCUAGAUGCAAGCUCUUACGAGGCAAUGAUCCAGUCUAGGGUUCUUCAUGAUGAUACUCAAGGGGCACUUAACCUAUUUAGAGAGAUGAAAGAUUCCAAAAUACCUCGAUUAGGUCAUCGAGAGUUUGAUUUAUUGGUCAAGGGUUGUGCUGAAAGUGGUGAGGCAGGUCUCAUGUCAAAGCUCUUGCAGGAAAUCAAAGAAGGCCAGAGGAUUGAUUGUGGUGUUCAUGAUUGGAACAACGUCAUUCAUUUUUUCUGCAAGAAGAGACUAAUGCAGGAUGCAGAGAAAGCUUUGAAGAAAAUGCGCAGUCUAGGGCAUUCCCCUAAUGCACAGACAUUCCAUUCUAUGGUGACUGGGUAUGCUGCUAUUGGAGGAAAAUACGUUGAGGUAACUGAGCUGUGGGGUGAAAUGAAAGCUCUCUCUGCUUCCUCCCCGAUAAAGUUUGAUCAGGAACUCUUGGAUUCUGUACUCUAUACUUUUGUUAGAGGUGGGUUUUUUGCUCGAGCAAAUGAGGUUGUUGGAAUGAUGGACAGAGGUAACAUGUUUGUUGACAAGUAUAAAUAUCGCAUGCUCUUUCUAAAGUACCAUAAAACACUUUACAAGGGUAAGGCUCCCAAAUUCCAGACCGAAGCUCAACUGAUAAAGAGAGAAGCAGCAUUGAGUUUCAAAAAAUGGGUAGGAUUGCAAUGAAGAAGGAUCGCCCACUCUUCUUGGUGAUCUUAUUGCUGGCGGAGUGGACCGAGUUAGAGUUGACUUUAGAGUGCGUUCCGCAGUCAAACCUAGAGUUGCUGGCAUUAGAAGUUGAUUCAUUGCUAUCUCCAUAUUGCUGGCGGAGUGGACAAAGUGCACUUUUCUGAGAAUAUAGUGUCAUUUAACAUUGGCAAGAGAGAGAUGACAAGAACGAUGUCUUCAUGUACAGGCAAGAUUUGUGGUCCAGCUAUUCUAUUAUUUCCUUUUACUUGGUGAGCUUCUUAUAUGUUUUUGUUUUCGUUUUCUAGUUGCUGUAUUUUUUGCUAGAAAGAAAAUGAAUUCAGAGGAUAAUGAUGCCAUUUUGAGCUGCAGCUUUUUUUGGGUGCUAACCCUUUAUGGAUCAGACAAAAGUAUGUAUAGACAAUAUGUGGCCUUGUAACCCUUACAAUCUAGGUGAAACAAUGUUCUUUUACCGCCCAUGCUCUCUGUUGUAUUCUUAUCCCUCUGACCUUAUUUACUCUAUCUUUUCCACAUCAACAUGAAUGUCGCAACGUAUGAAUUGUUCCUAUUCAUUUCCGGUAUGAGUAUUCAUUGAAUUAAGAAAGUAUAGAGUUUUGACAAUAAGUCCAGGAGAAUCUAGAACAGGGUGCAACGCCACACAGAAUCCGAGGAUUCCGACUCUUUGCAUGCAAGGUUUGCUGUGUCAAGUGUUGAUAUCCAAUGAGCUCUUUCUUUGCUUCCAUAGGAAUAGCUGUUCGCAGCAUGUGUACAUUCUCAUUCUUGAACGAUGUAAUCAUUGACUGACCUAUCGGUGAUCACCUGAUUGUACAGAUUUGAAAGAUCCCUGAUCAACCGUUGAAGGUUCAUAUUAGCACGUAUUUUCGCUUUAGUUACUUCGAAUUCAAGAGAUUGGGUUGGUGAAUUUGGGCCAAGGACGUGUAGCUAUCUAUUCUAGCUUGGAUUUUGGCACCAUUUUUCACUCUCAAAUGGCGAACUACUGUCCAGUACAGAGGCCGAAGGAAGCGUCUCAUUGAGUCAGAAGAGAUUGUAGAUCAUUUUCCCGGAUUGUGUGCAACCUACGAGACGUUGACGAAGCCUUCAACUUCCCCCGAAUAAAGCUCACGAGGACAUCAAAGAACGUUCGAGAUGCAAACCUAAAGAGGAAACAGCUAUGGCUCAUUCAUCAACAAGCAAGCAUUGAACUAAUAUGCUCGUGCCACGGACAAUGCUUGUUUGCAAAUCGUUAUUAUUAACUUGUUAAGGCGCUCCACGAGCCCGUCUCAAGUUUGAGGAACCUGGGUUGCGUCCCGGCCGACUCGGGUUGCCUCCUGUUAAUUACAGGGCCAUUUGCCCUGUGGCUGUCCAUUUUCGGCGAACAUGUUACAUCAACCCCUCCUCCGGUCCCUCGCGAAGCGCAGAGUUGUGUGCGCCAGGACACCCUUUUUCGUCAUACAGGUGCGCAGGGCCAACAUUGGACUGGACAAGCAGAACAAAACAUGACAUUAACACAGAGAAUAGAAGGAUUCAUUGGACUUUUAGUGGAAAUGGUCCUCUCCCACUUAAAGUUCCAUGGACCACACUUUUCAAGGAGCUAGUCCUCCCAGCACUUUUCAAACGUUUGAUAGUGGCGAGCUCCAUUUGUGGUAAUGACUAUGAGGACCCACAAUAGAAGUUGGGUAUCUCCAUUUCUAAGUUUGAAAUCAUUCAUAUAUUCCUCUAUGAAUUGACUGAUGUGUGUCGUAUCUAUUGUCCGACGUGAGAUAUUUUCAUUCAUUAUUUCUUACACGCAUCUCAAUGAUGAUGAUACUCUAAAAUAUAAACGAUCGGGAGAGCCAAAGGAUCGCUCUGUUUGAGGAUUCUGUGGAUGCUUGGAUUCAGAUUGCCUGUCUGAGGCUUUCCAUUGACUGGGGGGAUGCAUUUCAUAAGCCGGUAUUGACACCCUUCGAGGCGGAGAUCGCUCUUGGGUUUGUUUCUGGUUGGUGGGAGAGAAAUUUGAAGACGAGUUCAGGUCGCGUAGCUGAUUCCGGUUGCGGCAAGGGCAACUCAGGAUGCGAAUGCGGGAGAAGUGGAGUUUCGAAGUGUGACGAUGUUGGAGAUUACCCGUUGUAUUAUAAUGCCCAGGACGGUGGGGAGUGGAAUUCUUCUUCUGUGAAGAAGUCGUCCCGGCUUGUGCUGAGGAUUCUUGUGCCUUCUGCAGGCAGCAGUAGCAUAGCUUAGCAUUGGAUUGAACAUGUAGUCAAUCAUCUCAUUUCAGUGUCAUUUAGAGGAGUGAAUGGAAGAAAGAUUAAGUGAACUCCUUGGGUAAUCUUCAUCAUGUUGAUUGUUGGAAGAAGCUGGGGUAUGGUUUUCCUUCCAAAUGGCUUGUCUGCAGCUUUAGGUUCUCUGAAACUGAUCAUGCCUUCACCAUUCUUGAGUCAUCUGCAGGGUGCCUUAUCCCAAAUUACGAAUGCUGCUUCGUCAGGCAGCUCCGGGGAGCUAGUAUUUUGGUUGAUUGAACAUGUACUAUCUUCAAAUAAGACAUCUAGCGGAAUGUCGAACCGACUAUUUGACAUUCUUCUACCGGGUAGAAGCAAUGAUACAGUUCCUGGUCAUGAAUGCAGUGAGUAGCUAACAGGCAGUUUGAAUGCAGCUGUUCGUUUGUUAAAUUUACUUGUAUGUAAAGUUUGAAGAGUGUAGUGGUUGCGAAGAUGGCAAAACCAUUUUUCUUCGAGGCCUGAGUCUUGUAACCAUAGUUUUUUUUAUAGAAUUGCCUUCCAAUGCCUCCA